AGCUGUCAGCUUUGUUUUGGCAGCUGCUGGUCACAUGAUGUGCUGACGUCAGAGGUAGAGCAGCAACAUGGCGGAGCUGUUGAAGGUGAUAUUUGAACAUGAUGGGAUCUUCCUCCAUCCGAGCCCAGAUGAAGGAGGCCCGGAGCAAGAUCUGCUGGUUUCAGGAACCCUUCGAGUCCUGGAGAAGGAUGCAGAGAUUCUGGUAGAAUAUCGCCCUCUGGAGGACAGCGUGGACCCGUCCAACAUGCUGUGCGCUGGACAGGACUCCAGUUCGGUGGUGGAGUGGGCCCAGUGUCCCGGGGAGAAGUCCCAGUCCCGGCAGCAGCUGGAGACGCAGCAGAGCUACGAGACCGAGUGGGACAUGGUGAACGCCAUCUCCUUCAGGAAGAAGAACUGCACCAACGGAGAGGGCUCUCUGAAUCACAGCCAAGAGCGGAGCCGCUGGGCCUUCUCUGUGAACAUCAGUGACCUGAAGUCCAUAACAGUGAAGGAUGAAGGGUGGACCUUUCUCAUCCUAAAGCUGAAGGACGCCUUCAGCUCUCUGCCGGCACUGCACUUCCACCAGGGCGGCAGCAAAGACUUCCUGGACUGCCUGAGGAGAUUCGCUCUGCUGACCGAGUGCCCUGAGGAUAAGACGUGUCUAAUGGUCAGCACUCCAAACCGAGCUCUGUCCCAAUCCUUCGAGAACCUGCUGGACGACAACAACUUUGGUCUCGUUCAUAAGUUUAAGCGCGACCCGUAUGUGGCGACACUGGGCAGCUUCUCCAAAGUCACCAACUACAUCUACGACGCCCUGCGGGGGGCAGAGGAGCAGCAGCAGCGCCCCCCGGAGGAGGUUGCAGACCUGCUGGGUGAAGUCAUUCCUGGUCUGGAGAUCAACCAGCAGGAGGAGCCGGGCUUCGAGGUCAUCACCAGGAUCGACCUGGGGGCGAGGCCUCGUGUGAGCCGGGCAGAGCCGCUGUCUGCAGACGACUGGAGCAAACAUCAGGACCCCGAGGGGAGGAUGAAGGACGAGGCUACGCUCAGACAGAAGAUCUUUAAGGGAGGUCUGUGUCACGCCGUGAGGAAAGAAGCCUGGAAGUUCCUCCUGGGGUAUUAUCCGUGGAGCAGCACGCUGGAGGAGAGGAAGUCACUGCUGAAGGCCAAAACAGAUGAAUAUUUCCGGAUGAAGCUGCAGUGGAAGUCCAUCAGUGAGGAGCAGGAGAGGAGGAACUCCAGACUGAGGGACUACAGGAGUCUGAUUGAAAAAGACGUGAACCGAACAGACCGAACGAACCGGUUCUACGAAGGUCUGAACAACCCGGGCCUGACUCUGCUGCACGACAUCCUGAUGACCUACUGCAUGUACGACUUCGACCUGGGUUACGUUCAGGGGAUGAGCGACCUGCUGUCACCGAUCCUCUACGUGAUGGAGAACGAGGUCGAUGCGUUCUGGUGUUUCGUGUCCUUCAUGGACCAGAUGCACCAGAACUUCGAGGAGCAGAUGCAGGGCAUGAAGACGCAGCUGAUCCAGCUCAGCACGCUGCUCAGACUGCUGGACCUGGCCUUCUGGAACUACCUCGAGUCCCAGGAGUCCGGCUACCUGUACUUCUGCUUCCGCUGGCUGCUGAUCCGCUUUAAGAGGGAGCUCAGCUUCCAGGACGUCCUGCGGCUCUGGGAGGUCAUGUGGACCGGGCUGCCCUGUCAGAACUUCCACCUGCUGAUCUGCUGUGCCAUCCUGGACUCGGAGAAGCAGAAGAUCAUGGAGGAGAACUACGGCUUCAACGAGAUCCUGAAGCACAUCAACGAGCUCGCCAUGAAGCUGGACGUCGAGGAGAUCCUGCAGAAAGCUGAGGGCAUCUGCCUUCAGAUCCACAGCUGCAAGGACCUGCCUCACUCCAUCAGCACCAUCCUGGGCUUCGACGCGAAGCGGCAGGUUCCCAACCAGGCCGGUCUGGGAGCGGCUCCUCGGCCCGCUCCGCAGCAGGACGCCUGUUCUAACGGACACUGCAGAGAAAGCAGACCCCAGAACAGCUGCAGAGGGGUCUCCACGUCGUAGCUGUCGCACAGACUGGCUGUAGGUCAGCAGGGGGCGCUGCGUGCCCCCCCCCAGGAGGAACGGAGAAAGGUGUACAAAGGAUCGAAGAUUAUUCAGAAGCUUAUUUUUCUAACUUCUUGUAUCGUCUCUUUGCUCCUGAUGUUUUCUAAAAAAUCCUGGCCUGCAGGACGGAGCAGGAAGGAGCAGGUGGGGACUCACCUGGACUCACCUGGACUCACCUGGACUCUCACACAUGUGCCACACGGGUGUGCAUCUGUUUCCUGAGUCGGGACUCGCCUGCAGAUCCGACCGCUGCCUGAGAAUCUGUCCCGCUCUCAGACAGCAGCUAAUCAGUAUUUCUAUUAUCGAUGCAUCGGCUGGUUUUUGAUUUCUUACGUUUUGUUUUUUGUUAUUUUUAAAGUGUAAAAUGCCCAAAGUGACGUCCUUAAACUGCUCAGUCUGUCCCAAACUGAAGCGCAUUGUUUUCUUUCAUUAAAAAGCUGCCAACAAAC